ACCUAGACCAUUUAGAUCGUGUGAUCCUUCGUCAUUAUGGUGGUCGUGUCGGCGUUGAAGCAGAAAGACGAAAACAAAGGGCCAUGAGCGAGACACGGGCGAAGAAUCAGCAAAUUCGACAAGAACAACGUCGUGUAGAGCUCAUGCAGCGCCUUUCCGAGCUGGGCAUUUGGUACGACCCAGAGUCAAGCAUGGCGUUUCAACGUUACAUUAUUCGUGGCAAGCCGAAUCUCGAAACAGUAAUACAAGGAUUGGUCGAAGAGGCAGAUAUGCAUCGUGAGCAAGAGGCCAGACAACAAGAGCUUGAGACAAGACUUAAGCACGCUCUGGCGGAGCUGCUUGUGGAUCAAGAUGAUGGCUAUGAGGAUGGGGGUGAAGAGAAGAGUCAACAGCAGCGAGUGACCGAGUACAUAACAACGUUGCGCGACUGCAUAGUAUACAUUCAAUUCGGUCUGCCUGAACAACUGGAUCAAGUCGUGGAAGCGGUCGUGGAACGGGCACGCCAGGAUCAAGAGCGCGAGACGAGACGCAAAAAGUUAGAGGCAAAACUUACAGCAUUGAAAUUGGAAGAAUACAUAACCUCAUACGAAUGCAUAACCUACAUUCAUUCUGACCAGCCGGAAGAUGUGGAACACGUCAUCCAUGCUAUUGCAGAACGCGAGCGUGAGAGGCAAGAACGGGUUGAGACGAUAGCACGGCGACGCAAGGAAUUGACAGAUCGCUUGGAGGAAGAAAAUAUCUAUCAUGUUUUUGGCCAUAUAGAGCAUCAGAUUGCAAUGCUAUGGAUGGAAAUCGAAUCCAUCAUCAGCAAUGCCAAGCGGGAGGCUGCGGAUCAAAAAGCUAAAGAGGAUCGACGUCGUGUUCUUGAAGAAAGACUACGUGAAAACGAAGUCGAGCUGAGAGAAGAUUCGGCAAUCUGUACAAGCUAUAUCAACCAUGGUACCGGCAACUUGGAUGAUGUGGUCACCAGAAUGACGGAACUAGCCUGGUAUUUCCGUGAAACCAACUAUGGAGCCAUUCGCCAUGGGGUUCAUGGUAGGUUAUAUUACAAACGCGUAUCGCUCGAACAAUACAUUCGCGAACGACUGUCAAGCAUGAAGUUCGGCCCUGUCAGCCAUGAUCCGGACACGCUGGCUCGGCCACCCCCGUCGCUUUGGAGUACAAUCAAGGUUCUCGAGUUUAAAGAAUGGAAGGAACAUGCCAGAGCGUGUAUGGUUGAAGGGCUUGUCCGAACGAGCAAUAUCACAGUCAAGGAGAUCAUUAGACAGCAGUUAGAGUCGACGAACGUUCUCAAUAGCGCUCACCUUGCAGGGAUAGUGACAAACGAAGUGCUUGUUGCGGCGAUGGAUGAGGGAGCUGUGGCUUUAGCAAAAAUUCCAUCAUCAUCAUCUUCCACGUCCGCCUCUUCCUCCUCUAUUACUACGAGCACGAGAUCAUUCAGUUCAGCUUUGCGAGAGAUGCUUGGUGACGUGACGUUCUCGAUCUUUGUGGAAAGCUACCGGUUGCCGGCCGUGUCCAACGUACGAAAGAGACUGUUUGACGAACAGGUGUCUACAUCUGCAGCGGUCAGCAAUCCUGGUGCAAGCAGCAACGUACAACAGCACACUAACAACACCGCAAAUGACUCAAAUGUAGCCAGUGAUAACGACAACAACGAGGAUGUGCCUAUGCCAGACGCGCCGUAUACUACAGAGUAGUAUACAUAUACCUUACAGUCUAUCUGCCCUUCUAACUCGCCUUUUAUAUCUACUCUCUCUCCCUAUACCGACUCACAUUGCAUCUAUAUACACAUAGCAAUUAAAACUUUCUUUUACUUACUUAACCUCCCUCAGCACAAUAAAGAAUCACAUUAGCAUAUUGUAUAACAUAUUACUACUGUAUAAAUGCAGCGUUGUAAAUUAUAUUAAAGGUCGGUGGUGUAAAUUAUAA